GUUUCAGAACGAGCCUCGUCUCCUCUCUCCCAAUCGAAUCCCGACAAAGUUUCACAUGUCCAAACCAGACAGACAAUCUCAGACCCCAUCCCACAUGAUGGAUCACCUUCAUCUCAUCCAUGUCAAACCAAGCUACCUUCGUCGCCCAGACAUGGACGAUGAUGGACCAUACCUUCUUACAACUACGAUUAUUCAACUUUCCUGCCUCUUCUAGGAACCUGUCUUUAUUAUUUUUCUUUUUCCCCAAUUUUAAAUUAAUUUUCAUUUGGAUCUGAUUGAACACAUUGAUGUGCUCUUUAAUUUCUUCAAUGCCUGAAAUCGUCUGCGUUGUUGACUCUAAAGAUCUGAUUUAAUUUCUCCUGUCUGAAAUUUGUUCAGUACAAUGAUGUCCGGUGAGGUUUCUGUUUAGGUAGAAAGGUUUUUCGGCGGUCAAAUAGGCGCCGGAAAAUGCUCCGCGUUGUUUAUUUCGUUAGUUUUUUUUCCGGUGAUUGAUUGUCGGAAAAGUUGACCUACCGUACAACAUUCGAUUGACGUUUUGGUCCGAAAAUGGCAGCGAAGCUGCUGCAUUCUUUAACAGACGAUAAUUCUGACCUGCAAAAGCAAAUUGGCUGUAUGACUGGAAUUCUUCAGCUGUUCGAUCGGCAGCACAUGCUCACCGGCGGCGGUUCUGCGCGGCGGAGCCGCCGCCUUACCCCUCGGCGGCGGUUUCCUCCUGGAAGUUCUUCCCACAAUAAUAAUGUUGAUGUUUCAGAAGGCGAAUCGAACGGUUAUCUGUUGAAAUCUGAUCCUCUGGAAAAGUACGCCCACAAGAGCAUGUUCGAAAGGCGGAGGAUGUCGACAGAAUCAUCGAGGGCGUCCUGCUCAUCUUCGUCGCGCUCGUCGCCAUUCUCGUCUCCCGAUCACAACAGAGCUGCUCAACCGGAGCCAACUUCCUUCGACGAGAUGAUUUUCUCGGAAAUUCCUUCGAGGGACACGACGACGACCAUGCAGCAUCCGUCUCCGCAGUUCAGUCGAACGUCGAUCGAUCUCCGCGACUUCGUCAAGGAUUCGAUGUACCGUGAAAUUCAGGGAUUAUCGAUUAAAUCGAAACCUACCGAGUCGAAAACUAGCGUCGAUCAAAGGGAUCGAACGCCGACCGAUCUCAAGGAGUCUCUUCGAGCUCUUGCGAAGCUUCAAGAAGUCUCGACACGAUGUAACGAACCUCGACAGCUCUUCCGAUCGUCGUCCUGCCACUUCAAAGACGCGCCGUCGUCAUCGAGAGACGCUCCUCGAUUUUCCUACGAUGGAAGAGAUUUGAUAAACCGCGCGCCCUUCGACGCGGGAGACGUCUCGAAAUCAUCAAUGAAGCUCAAGGACCUUCCGAGGCUUUCGUUAGACAGUCGGGACGGAAAAUCGAUCUCGGGAAAUCAAGCUCGACCGAGCGUCGUAGCGAAGCUUAUGGGUUUAGAAAUGCUCCCCGUCGAUUCCGAUGAUACGUCGAGCUCGAGGAAGAUAGACGAAGAAUUCGUCGAUACGUCGAGCUCGUUCGAGAAAAUCGAGCCGAUCAAAACAAAGGGCUCGUGGAAGGAGCCGAGCUCGCCGCGAUGGAGGAGCCCCGACGGCUCGAUGAAACCGAUGUCGAGAAUUUCGAUCGAGCCGGCGCCGUGGAAGCAGAUCGAUGGGUCGAAAGGAUCUCAGAAACCUGUUUCGAAAAGCUCGAGACUUCCCGCUAAGGCUUCGACUGCGUCGUUUCCUUCGGUUUACAGCGAGAUUGAGAAGCGAUUAAAAGAUCUCGAGUUUAACCAAUCCGGGAAGGAUCUUCGAGCGCUGAAACAGAUACUCGAAGCAAUGCAGGCUAAGGGAUUGCUCGAAAUGUCGAAAGAAGGACAGCAUUCAAAUUUUGCGAACCCUGGCGAUGAAGAUCAGAUACUUUCUGGUUCGUUGCGAUUAGUCGAAAACCGGAAGUUGGAGACGAGGAAGAAACUUGGUUCGUCGCAGAAUCAUGAAUCUUCGAUUGUGAUCAUGAAGCCGGUGAAAUUAGUAGAGAAAUCGGGGCCAUCUUAUUCGGCAGUUUCGACUAAAGAUCAGAUUUUUAAGACCAACGAACGAUCGAACAGCUUGAUUAAGGCUUCAAAGACGGCGCCGUCUGCGACGAGAUUGCAGCCGUUAGGAAAAGAGUCGAAUGCGGGAUCGGGGAAGAGCUCGGGAUCGGUUAGCCCAAGAAUGCAGCAAAAGAAACCCGAGCCGGAAAAGAGAUCGAGACCCCCGACGCCUACGUCUCCCGAUUCGAGCAGAUCGACAAGACAGCAGAACAAGCUACAAGUCGAGUCGAAUUCCCCGGGGGGAGGACGACGGCGAUUGAGACACCCGAAUAAUCAGAAAAUCGACGAUCGAAUGAGCCCGUCGUCGUCGACUAAAGCUUCUGAACUUACGAUCUCGGAUUUGGUAGGAAACAAAUCGACGCUGACGAUGAACGAAGAUGAGUCGAUCGAAUCUGGGUUUGUACCUCCCGAGCACUCGAGUCCCGUUUCGGUUCUUGAAAAUGUACUCGGCAAACAAGAUUCGCCUUCGCGCGCUAAGUUCGCUGAGAAGACGCCCAAAGUGGAGACGUCGACGACGAUGACGAACGAGACGAGCGUCGUUGCGAUCGAGAAUUUUGCUCCGAUCUCGACGGAAUCGGGCGUUGCAUUCGAGAUAAACCGGAAGAAGCUUCGGAGCAUCGAAAACUUAGUACAGAAGCUUCAAAGGCUCAACUCGACACACGAUGAGGCUCGAACGGAUUACAUCGCUUCAUUAUGCGAAAACGCUGAUCCCGACCACAGAUACGUCUCCGAGAUUCUUCUCGCGUCGGGUCUCCUCCUCCGAGACCUCACCGAUUUCAAGUUCCAUCCGUCGGGACAUCCCGUAAAUCCCGAGCUGUUUCUUGUCUUGGAGCAGACAACGUCAAGCAAUUCGUCGAAAGGGCAAUGCGGCAGCGGGAAGAAAUCCCGAUCGGCCGCCGGAAGAAUUCACCGGAAACUCAUUUUCGAUGUCGCUAACGAGAUUCUUGCCGGAAGAUUGGCCCCGAAAGGUUUGAACGUCGCCGAGCCUUGGAUACGACCCGUUAAGGUUGCGAGAAAGACGGAUGCGGUAAAUGGGCAGAAGCUUCUAAGAGAAAUAUGCAACGAGAUCGACGGGCUUCGGGGUUCGAAGAAUUCGAAAUGUAGCGAUGACGUUGAAAUCGACGUCGACGACUUCGACGAUUGGAAGAGUAUUUUGUGCGAUGAUGUGACACGCCGGUCGGGACGGUGGACGGAGUUCGACGAGGAAGUUUCGGGCGCGGUUCUUGACAUCGAACGGCUGAUAUUUAAGGAUCUCGUGAGCGAGAUCGUGGUCGGGGACACGGUGAAAAAUAAAUUGUCACGGAAGUAGUUCUGCGCCGCCUCGUCGGCGAUGCUCAUUUGCGGCUUCUCCGAUCUUGUUGGUUAACAAAUUGUUUUGUUUUGAAGGGUUGAAAGAUAUAUAUAUAUAUAUAUAUACAUACAUGUGAUUGUUUUCGAUAUUCAUGAGAUGUUGGAGAAUCGACAACCUCAACAACUCCUUAGUGUUAUAAAUGUGUAAAUUUGUGAUAAUAAUUAUGGGUUGGAUUUAUUUUUAAAUUGUACUUCAUCUUUACUCCUCCAUUAUCUUAAUAAAUUUACAUUUGCUUUUUGUGAUUUUA